GAAGCAAAGGAAGCACAUGAUAAGUUCACAUGAGCACCACACAUGAGGAGUUAUGUGGAAUCACAUGGCACGAAACAGGAAACAUACAUUUAAAAAUAAAAAAGACAUGAAAAUAGAAACAUGAAUAAAACCUAAAACAGACAUGACAGUUGGUGUUUAGUUCUAUUACCCAUACAUUUUAGUAAAAGGGAUUUAAAAGAGAAGGCAAGUGGGUAAUUGAGACAAAAGCACAAUUUACCAUAUUGAAGACAUGUUUAAUAAUUAAACACUGGGGAGUAGUUAGGGUCUGGCACAAUUUGUCUGUCUCCUUUUUUUCUGAAAGUCAUCUAACACAAGUUUGUUUUUCAGCUUCUCCAGCUCAGGCAAAAUGAUCACCUCUGCACUAGUUCCCUGAUAUGUGUAUAUUCUAUAAUCUGUCAACAAUUCUACCUCUCCUCAUCAUGAACAUUGUGCUUUGUGUGGCAACUUGCAAUAAUGCAGAAUAUGAAGUUAAUGGAGAGUGUUGCCCAAUGUGUGAUCCAGGAAAGCGAGUUCAUAAACAUUGUGAUGAGUACACAAGCACAACAUGUGAUUUAUGCCUUGUGAUGACCUACACUGAUGCUCCUAAUGGACUGACAGAAUGUCUGCCUUGUUCAUUCUGUGAUCCAAGUAAUGGGCUGAGAGUAAAGAAGGCGUGUACAUUAAUAUCAAAUACAGUGUGUGAACCUCUGCCAGGAUAUUACUGUUUAGAGUUUCUCUCAAACUGUCCAAAGGCGAUUAAACAUUCAACCUGCUCACCUGAACAAUACAUCAACCAAACCGGAACAGAAUUCAGUGAUACAGUGUGUGAUCACUGUCCUGCUGGUUCUUAUUCAGAUGGUACACUCUGCAGAUUACAUACAAAGUGUGAAUCUCUUGGCAAAACUACAGUCAAGGCAGGAACAGAGACGACUGAUGCUGAGUGUAGUAAUGGAGAACCUUUUUAUUUACUGAUUCUGUCUGUGUGUGUAGUGUGUGUGCUGGCGUUUGUUAUAGGCUCAACUGUAAUUAUUGUAAAGAAAAAAAAUAUCCUGCACUAUCAUCAAGCAAAUCAGGAAUAAGGGAAUUUCCAAAAUUUGCUUGGAUUUCUACAUUUGUAUGUAAUUUGUACAUUUUAUGUAAAUAAAU